AUGGCAAACCCUUCUGCCGAGCAUGCGCCUGCCGCUGAGCUCUCCGCUGCACCCUCGUCCUCGAGCUCCUCCGUUUCCGGCACUCACCAAUCCAGAUUGCAGUCGCCGACCGAGAGUGAGGCCUCGCCACUGUCCGGCCGUGGCAUAGACGAGAGAGAUUGGUUCGAACUCCAACAAAUUCCGACUCAGGAUGACCAGCGGGAUGAUCUCUCCUCGGGAUCGAUAUCCUCGGGGGAAUUCCGAGUCACUACUCGUCGCACUGUAUCCCGGAGCAGCUCCAGUCGGCAGCCACGCAAGGGGGUCUUGGGCUGCAUCCAACGAUUCUGGGCAAAUAAUGUUACUUUGACGGUCCCACAAAAGAGCAACCGUGACCAUUAUGCGCUGGAACGAACGUUCUUGGCGUAUAUCCGUACCUCGAUCACCGUUGCCAUGCAGGGUGUGUUGAUCGCUCAGCUGUUCCGUCUGCAGAGCACGACCGCUGACCAUGCUCGCCUGAGUUACUAUAGAGUUGGGAUACCUCUUGCAGUUACCUGUCAUGUGAUUGCCAUUCUGAUCGCCCUGAUGGGAGCGUAUCGGUUUUGGAGACAGCAGAGCGCUGUAGCUCAUGGGAAGGUCUAUGCAGGGGGUUGGGAUCUAAAUUGGAUAGGGAUUUUUAUUGGUCUGUACGCCGCACCGAAACCGGGAGGCUACUCGAUCACGAAAGGGAACAUCUUGCUGGAAAACGUCUGUAUCAGCUAUAUUCCUGACAGAAACAAAGAACAAGCCUGUGCUGAAUCGCAUCCCCCAUGGCACGGCACACGUACUCCUGGCCUAGGGUUCCUGAGUGAAGAAUCUCGAUCUCACAUCUCGUUCCUGGAGGCGGAGUCCCUACUGCGGCGCCCUCCCCCGAGUUCCAAGGAGCCCAGCAUUUAUAUCACGGGCGGAACCCCCGUGGAUUCCAGGGCGGGCUGCUCCCGUUCGGCAGCAAAUCUCCCGAAUCUGCCCGGUAACAUCCUCGUUAGUCUUUGA